AUGUCUCCCAAAGUCCCGGCCGGUGUCCUCCUGCUGUCGGUCCUUCUGACCCGCUCUCUGACCCUGCAGGACAGGGACGAGGACUACGAGGACGUCACCGGGAACCAGAUGCUGGCCCCCAGAUCUCAGGACAGCGACGCCACGGAGAUCCUCAACAACCUGCUGCGGGAGUACGACAAGAAGCUGCGGCCGGACAUCGGAGUCAAACCAACCGUCAUCGACGUGGACAUCUUCGUGAACAGCAUCGGGCCAGUGUCCUCGAUCGAUAUGGAGUACCAGAUCGACAUCAUCUUCGCCCAGACGUGGACGGACAGCCGUCUGCGGUACAACGGCUCCAUGAAGAGGUUGACCCUCAACAGCAACAUGGUGGCCCUCAUCUGGCUGCCCGACACCAUCUUCAGGAACGCCAAGAACGCCGACGCCCACUGGAUCACCACGCCCAAUCAGCUGCUCCGGAUCUGGAACGACGGCAAGAUCCUGUACACGCUGAGACUGACGAUAAACGCAGAAUGCCAGCUGCAGCUGCACAACUUCCCGAUGGACGAGCACUCGUGUCCGCUCGUCUUCUCCAGCUACGGAUACCCGCGAGACGAGAUGAUUUACAAGUGGAGGAAGAACUCUGUGGAGGCGACGGACCAGAAGUCCUGGCGUCUCUACCAGUUUGACUUCAUGGGCCUGAGAAACACCACAGACAUCAUCAAGACCACCGCAGGGGACUACGUGUUGAUGACCGUGUUCUUUGACCUGAGCAGAAGGAUGGGCUACUUCACCAUCCAGACGUACAUCCCCUGCAUCCUCACCGUGGUCCUCUCCUGGGUGUCCUUCUGGAUCAAAAAGGACGCCACGCCGGCGAGAACGGCUUUAGGUAUCACCACGGUGCUGACCAUGACCACCCUGAGCAGCGUGGCCAGGACGUCUCUCCCCAGGGUGUCGUACGUCACCGCCAUGGACCUGUUCGUCAGCGUCUGCUUCCUGUUCGUGUUCGCCGCCCUGAUGGAGUUCGCCGCGCUGAACUACUGUUCACACGGCGGCCUGGAGCCGCGCCGACCGAACUACUCCGUCCUGGAUGUGAGGCCUCCUCUCUCCGUGGUCUCUCCUCACAGCUCCCUGUACUGGCAGGACUUUGAGGACGCUUGUGUGUUGGAGUGUCUGGAGGGCAAAGACUGCCGGAGCUUCUUCUGCUGCUUCGAGGAGUGCCGAGGAGGCGGCUGGAGGAGAGGCCGCCUCCACGUGGACCUGCUGGACCUGGACUUGUACUCGCGGGUCUUCUUCCCCACCUCCUUCCUGCUGUUCAACAUCGUGUACUGGGUGGGAUACCUCUACCUUUAGCCCGAAGCCGUUUCCCUUUAUUAUCCAUCCAUCAGUCAAAUCCAGUGGAUGAACACCAUCCAUAGUGCCUUCCUCUGGAGGGGGAGGGACAGAUCCACUACGAUAAUCAGGGGAUAAUGACUUAUUCAAAUUAAAAAAGCUGAUUUGACUGAUGACGGCUGUUGAGAUCACGUUCAUGAAACAGCCAA